GGCACCGCCUCGGGCAGCCCUGCGCGGGGUCCUUCCCCUCCCACUUCCGGUCCGUCUAGAGAGAUCUUCCGGCCCCGCCCUCUUCCUUUCCCCCUCGCGGCCGCCAUCUUCCAGGCGUGACCGUCCGUGGACCAGGCGUGACCGUCCGUGACCGCCCGUGACCAUGACCAACACCAAGGGCAAGAGGCGCGGGACCCGCUACAUGUUCUCGCGGCCCUUCCGCAAGCACGGCGUGGUGCCGCUGGCCACCUACAUGCGCAUCUACAAGAAGGGCGACAUCGUGGACAUCAAGGGCAUGGGCACGGUGCAGAAGGGGAUGCCCCACAAGUGCUACCACGGGAAGACGGGGCGCGUGUACAACGUGACGCAGCACGCCGUGGGCAUCAUCGUCAACAAGCAGGUCAAGGGCCGCAUCCUGGCCAAGCGGAUCAACGUGCGCAUCGAGCACGUGAAACACUCCAAGAGCCGCGACAGCUUCCUGCGCCGCGUCAAGGACAACGAGCGGCGCAAGCGCGAGGCCCGCGAGCGCGGGACCUGGGUGCAGCUCAAGCGCCAGCCGGCGCCGCCCCGCGACGCGCACUUCGUGAGGACCAACGGGAAGGAGCCCGAGCUGCUGGAGCCCAUCCCCUACGAGUUCAUGGCCUGACACGCGUGUCCGCGCCCCGGGUAAAGAGCCGCCCGUGGGCCCCGUCCCCGGUUCAGCGCCUGGAGAGCAAAUAAAGAGUCUAAACGUGA